GUAUUUCUCCACGGGGUGCUGGGAUUUCCCAAAACUCGUGCAGGAUAAUCCUAGCCCCUGAAUGUGUCCAUCCUUCCGUGUAGCCAAACAAACCCAAAUUCCCCAACUCAGCUGUCUCGAUAUGCCAAGGCGCUUCUUCAUCCGUCUGAGCGAUUCACAGAUCCUCCAUUCUCAGUAUCAGAUUAAAGCUCCAAAGCGAAACCCUAGAAUAUGUUCCCUCAAUUCGGAGCCACAGCAGAGACUCUGAGCAAAGCAUCGACCUUGGUGUUCCGGAUCGGUACGGACGCUCAUCUCUACGACGACCCCGAAGACGCUAAUAUCGCUCCUCUUCUUGAUAGCAAAUUCGACUCCGAGAAAUGCGAAGCUCUCAAGCGAUUGCUAGCUCUCAUCGCACAGGGCGUCGACGUCUCCAAUUUCUUCCCUCAGGUUGUCAAAAACGUGGCCUCACAAUCACUGGAAGUAAAGAAGCUGGUGUACCUGUACCUGUUGCAUUAUGCUGAAAAGCGUCCAAAUGAAGCAUUGUUAUCAAUUAAUUGUUUCCAAAAGGACUUGGGGGAUCCUAAUCCAUUGGUGCGGGCAUGGGCACUCCGUGCCAUGGCAGGAAUCCGUCUACUUGUAAUUGCGCCUAUUGUUCUGGUGGCUGUGGAAAAAUGUGCUAGAGAUCCCUCUGUAUAUGUCAGAAAAUGUGCUGCCAAUGCUCUUCCCAAGCUGCACGAUUUGCGUAUAGAGGAAAACACUCCUGCACUUGAAGAGAUUGUUGGAAUAUUAUUAAAUGACCAUUCUCCUGGAGUAGUUGGAGCUGCUGCUGCUGCUUUUACUUCUGUUUGUCCAAAUAAUUUGUCUUUGAUUGGAAGAAAUUAUAGAAGGUUAUGUGAGGUUCUUCCUGAUGUGGAAGAGUGGGGUCAAAUUCUUUUAAUUGAGAUCCUUUUGCGCUUUGUAAUAGCAAAACAUGGGCUUGUUCAAGAAUCCAUCAUGUUCCAGUCUUGUUGUACUGAAAGUUCCCAAUCUGAAAAGGAUGGUUCAGAUAUUAAUUCUGCAUUUGAAGAAGACAAUGGUGACACAGGUCGUGGUUUCAUGUCUGAAUUGGUGAAUAUGGUCUCCAGGUGUUAUAUUGAAGGACCGGAUGAAUAUUUAUCACGGUUAAGUUACAUAAAUGAGGUUUCCUCUGGAUUAGAUCGAUCAUGUUUUAUGUCUGGCAGAGGUAAUGAUGAUGUGAAGAUGCUGCUGCAAUGCACAUCGCCAUUGCUAUGGAGUCAUAAUAGUGCAGUGGUACUUGCAGCUGCUGGUGUACACUGGAUUAUGGCCCCAAGGGAGGAUGUGAAGAGAAUUGUUAAGCCGCUCUUGUUUCUCCUGAGAUCAUCCCAUGUCUCAAAAUAUGUGGUGCUUUGCAACAUUCAAGUGUUUGCCAAAGCAAUGCCUUUUCUCUUUGCCCCACACUUUGAAGACUUCUUCAUAAGUUCUUCAGAUUCCUAUCAAAUAAAAGCUCUGAAGCUUGAAAUCCUGUCUUCCAUUGCUAUGGAUUCAUCAAUUUCAUCUAUUUUUCAAGAGUUCCAGGAUUAUAUUAGGGAUCCCGACAGGAGAUUUGCUGCUGAUACUGUUACUGCAAUUGGUUUAUGUGCGCAACGACUUCCAAAAGUGGCAAAUAUAUGCUUGGAGGGGCUUUUAGCUCUGACUAGAGAGGAAUAUUUGAUUGGUGACUUUGUCUGCAUGGAUGAAGAAACAAAUAUUUUGAUUCAAGCAAUAAUGUCGAUUGAAGCAAUCUUAAAGCAAGAUCCACCUGCUCACGAGAAGGUUAUAGUUCAGUUGGUUCGUAGUUUGGAUUCAAUCAAAGUGCCUGCAGCCCGUGCAAUUAUUAUAUGGAUAAUAGGAGAGUACAACACUAUAGGUGAGAUAAUCCCAAGGAUGUUGACCACAGUACUUACAUAUCUUGCUCGGUGCUUUGCUUCAGAAGCGCAGGAAACAAAGCUUCAAAUUCUUAAUACUGCUGUCAAGGUCUUGUUGUGUGCAAAAGGGAAAGAUCUGUGGACAUUCAAAAGCGUUUUAAGCUAUGUGCUUGAACUGGCCAAAUGUGACUUGAGCUAUGAUGUUCGUGAUCGAGCUCAUAUUCUUAAGGAACUCAUGUCAUGCUAUUUAGGUCAAGAUUUGGAGGAAGAAACAGAUUGUUUACCUCAGAAGGACAUUCCACAAAUACUUGCAGAAUGUAUAUUUAGGGGACAGAGAAAACCAAUGUCACCUGAGCCCAUUAAUUUCAGGUUUUAUCUUCCCGGAUCUCUUUCUCAGAUAGUUCUUCAUGCAGCUCCUGGUUAUGAACCUCUUCCCAAACCUUGUAGUUUGCUUUGCAAUGACCUCCAUCAGCGCUUGAAUGUGGUUCAAGGAAUUGAAGGAUCAGGGGAGGGAGCCACUAACAGUGAUUCCUAUGAGACAGAUGAUCCUGACAUGUUAUCUCAAUCUGCAAAUGAAGAAAGCACUUCUGGUUAUAGUUCUCAAAAUUCUAUUUCCAGAUCCAGUGGCAGUGAUGAGCCUGGGUCUGAAAGUGAAGAUGAUGAUAAUGUUGACCCACUAAUUCAGUUUUCAGAUGUUGGCAUUUCUAAUAAAAAGCAAACUGGAGUUUCACAGUCAGGCUCUGAUAGUAUGGAGGAAUUGAUGUCUAAGCAAACUCUUGAAUCAUGGUUGGAUGAGCAGCCCGGUUUGUCAGACCCAAAUCUGUCUAAACAAAGUCAAGUUCGAAGAUCUUCAGCAAGAAUCUCUAUCGGCGAUAUUGGUGGAAGAGUUAAACCUAAAAUCUAUGGCCUCUUAGAUCCAACUAAUGGAAAUGGUUUGAGGGUGAAUUAUUCAUUUUCAUCAGAGGUUUCAAGCAUGUCACCCCAGCUUGUAUGUGUAGAACUUAUCUUUGAGAACUGUUCGGCGGAGUCUAUGUCAAAGGUACUUCUGGUAGAUGAAGAAUCUAACAAAGGCCUUGAUUCUGAAGACCAGUCUUUGGUUGCGACUGAAAGCUCCAUGCCAUCUCAAAAUGAUGUGCCAAAUUUAGUUUAUAUGGAAGAGAUUGCAUCUAUAGAGCCUGGUCAGUCAACAAAGUGCAUUCUCCAGGUUUGCUUCCAUCACCAUCUUUUGCCUGUGAAGCUUGCUUUGUGGUGUAAUGGGAAGAAGUAUCCUGUUAAGCUGCGGCCUGAUAUUGGAUAUUUUAUAAAACCACUUCCAAUGGAUGUUGAAGUCUUUGUGAAUAAGGAAUCUCAUCUCCCUGGAAUGUUUGAAUACGAAAGAAGGUGCACCUUCACCGACCACAUUAGAGAGAUGAACAGUGAUAAGGGUGAUAGCUCACUAACAAAAGACAAAUUUCUUGUGAUCUGCAAGAGCUUAGCAGUAAAGAUGCUCAGUAAUGCAAAUCUUUUUCUUGUAUCUGUGGAUAUGCCAGUGGCUUCCAACCUUGAUGAUGCAUCAGGUUUACGCUUACGCUUCAGCAGCGAGAUCUUAAGCAACUCCAUUCCCUGCUUAAUUACCAUUACGAUUGAAGGUAAUUGCUCUGAACCGUUGAAUGUAACCAUCAAAGUCAACUGUGAAGAAACUGUAUUUGGUUUAAAUCUAUUGAACAGGAUUGUGAAUUUUCUAGUUGAGCCCUCUAUCACCCACUUAUGAUUGAGCAGAGAGGUGAAAACUGUGGAAUUGUCAAUUAUUUUGUGAAGAAAAAAAUGGGAAGAACAUGAUUGAUGUCGGUGUGCCAAAUGAGUCAUUGCAUUGUUACUCUAUUCCAUCUAUUGGAAUAUUCUAGGUGUACUUUUAUGCUUUUGAUUCCAAAAGCAAAAAAACUUUGUAAUCUUGCUUUCUCUUCUGUGGAACUGUCUGGAGCAUUUGCAUUUU